GAUGAGCGAGCAAAAUCAAGCAUUGUUAAACCCGAAAAUGGCUACAGUAUUGACUUCAAAGUAUUCGUUGAGGAUUUGGAUUCAAAGGAUACGACACAUGAAAUUCACGUUCAGGCGAAAUGCGCUGAUUUCGUUCCAAAACACUUGUACGUUAACGGGAUUAAAUUUUCUUAUGACUCAAAAUGAUCAAGAAAUAAGCUGCGUAAAACUGAACUGUUUAUGCGAAAUUGUACUUCAACUUCAACCGUCUAUGCGAAAUUAUAUGAUUUUGUUGAAAUAAUA